AUAAUUCCACUUUCUGGCCAGCUUCUUUUGCUCCAUUCUCCUUUUCCCUGUUAACUAAACGUCCUUGGCCCGUCAACAUUCUAUAUUUAUGCACCUAGUUCAUCCCCAAAGAGUUGCUCAUCUCAGUCAGUACUCUCAAGCUUUGCUUAGAGCCAUGGAUGCAAGGGGGCACUAUCUAAGAUUGCUCAAUUCGGUCGUAUGCAUUUCCAUUUUACCCACCAUUCUCUUCACUCGCUGUGAUGCCAGAAUUAUGGUUCACAUAUGGAAGCAGCAAGGCUCAAAGCUCCAGAAAAGUCCAAUCAGCGAGUUGAUUAACAAACUAAAAAUAACAAAUCGUGUCAACUCCAAUGUUGAUCCAUAUACCAUAAACUCACCUUUCUAUUUACCACCUUUUGACUCACUAUCACCACUUCCUCAGCCUGACCACUCUCCUCCCUUUUAUCAGUACCCUCCAUUCACCCCACAAUCACCUUCCAUCCCUCCGCCAUCUCCAAUGAGCUACGGACUGGCAACUCCUCCACCACCUAGUAACAUCCACACCCCUCCAGCAAAUCCCCCUGAACAUGGGCUCAGUCCACCUAGCAUUUUCCCAAGUCCUCCUCAACAUCAGCCUAGCCCACCAAAACAUGUUCCCAACCCCCCUAAGCAUGUUCCAGGCCAACCCAUUUAUGAACCGCCAAUGGUGAACCCACCUCCUUUGGGGCCGCCUCCUCCAGGCAAAGGGUCAAAGUCUGGUGUUUGGUGUGUUGCUAAGCCGACAGUGCCUGAUCCGAUAAUCCAAGCAGCCAUGGACUAUGCAUGUGGGUCUGGUGCAGAUUGCAAGGCAAUCCAGCCGAAUGAGGCCUGCUUUCAACCCAAUACAUUGAUUUCGCACGCUUCAUAUGCUUUCAACAGCUACUGGCAAAACACCAAGGGGACAGGUGGAACUUGUGACUUUGGAGGGACUGCCAUGCUUGUAACCGUUGAUCCUAGUUCUGAGAAGUGCCAGUUCAGCUACAGUUGAUUGCUGAAGACAGAAAGCCCCAGUUUAAAAGACCAAUCAACCCUCAAGUCCACUGCUUUCUAUUUCAGGAGUUUGAACCAGCAGUACUUUUGCUAGACGUGAUUCUAUGUAUAGAUGUAGCAUUUUGGCUGUUGCACUACUUAGCUGAAACUGUUAGCUUGUUUGCUUCCUUCUGUGAACCGGAUAGAGUUUGAACUAUAGUAUUUUUAUAUGAUGUAUAAACAAGUCCCGGGCAAUUUAUAUUUUACAGCAUAAUGUAUAAACAAAAACCUGCAAUAUUCUGAGACACAGAAUAAUGUGGAAUAGACUUAUUCCCAAA